AUUGGUGUUUAGCUGUCAUUAAAUGUGGUAAUUGUCAUCUCAUAAGGUUUGGUUUUUCUUAUUUCAAACUCAAAUGAUGAAAAACAUUGGAUGUCGGUUAGAAAAUCUUAAAUCAAAAUGCUCUUUUCAAUCACCAAUUUAUGCCACAUUGACAAAACGUCAAAAUAAAUCUGAAGUCUCGGAAAUGGCAAAGAAAAAUGAUACAUCCCGCUGGAUCAAUGUUUCUGUUGUGGGACUUUCGGGUACAGAGAAAGAAAAAGGAGCUGUUGGAAUUGGUAAAUCAUGUCUGUGUAACAGAUUCAUGAGAUUUUUAGCAGAUGACUAUAAUGUUGAUCAUAUUUCUGUAUUAAGUCAGUCUGAUUUUAGUGGAAGAGUUGUUAAUAAUGAUCAUUUCUUGUACUGGGGAGAUGUUACAAAAACAUCUGAAGAAGGUGUUGAUUUCACCUUCCAAGUCAUUGAACAAACUGAAUUUAUAGAUGAUUCAUCAUUUCAACCUUUUAAAGGAGGUAAAAUGGAUCCAUAUGUCAAACGCUGUGUUGCUAGUAAAAUAACAUCUGCUGAAAAAUUAAUGUAUAUAUGUAAAAACCAAUUAGGUAUUGAAAAAGAAUAUGAACAAAAAGUAUUACCUGAUGGUAAAUUCAAUGUUGAUGGUUUUUUAUGUGUGUUUGAUGUCAGUGUUGUCCCUAGUCGUAGUAUAGAAAAACAAUUAGAGGUUGUAACUAAUAUAUUAAUAAAUGUGAUUAAAACCAAAAAACCUGUAGUACUAGUAACUACAAAAAAUGAUGAAUUCAAUGAAGCAUAUGUUCGGGAAGUUGAAAAACUUGUUGCACGUAAAGAAUUUAAGGGAGCCAUACCAAUAGUAGAAACAUCUGCUCAUCAAAAUAUUAAUGUUGAUACAGCUUUUAUUGCUCUAGCUCAUCUUAUUGAUAGAUUUAAAGGUCGAACAAAAAUCGUUCCUUAUUUGGAAUCAGUUCGUAUGAGAAAAGAAGUUUUGGAUAGUACUACUGACGCAUAUCAAACAUUGAUUCAAACUCAAGUUACUGAUUAUCGUGCGUUAUGGAGUCAAACAUCAAAAAAAAUUUCCAAAUGUGAUGAAUACAUAAAGUACAGAGAAAUUUUUGGAUCAGAUAAAGCUCAAAGACUUUUUAGGAGACAUGUAAAAAUGUUGAAAGAUGAACAAGUAUCCAAAAGAGUACAAAAUUAUAUGGAAAUGUUGCCAGAUAUAUUACAAGAAUUAGUACCUGAAAUUUCAACAUUAAAAGAUGGUGAUUGGCCAACUGUUCAGAAACACAUUAAAGAACAUCCAAAAUUUAACCAUUAUUUUUAUGAAUGCCCGGAUGAUAUUCCAUGGACAGAAUGUGAGUUAGAUAUGCAAGAAGAAGGAAGUGAAAGAGAUAAUAGACGAAUACCAUGUGAUGUCUUAGAAACGAGUGAGGCAGAAUCAGUAUUUAAAAAUCAUGCCAAUAAUUUACAGUUGGAACAAAAUCGACAAGAAUGGAAAAAGCAAUUUAAACAAUUAUUACAAGAAGCUGGUUAUGUAACACCUGGAAAACCAAUGUCUGAAGUUAGAGUACUUUUUAUGGGCCGUGAAUGUUUUGAAGCAUUAUCACAUGAAGAUUGCCAGUAUAUUUAUGAUAAACAUCAAAAAAAUAUUAUUGAAAAAGCUAAACACAAUUUUCAGGAAUUAUUACUGGAACAUGCAGAUCUUUUUUACCAUUUCAAAAGCAUAGCACCUACAGGAACAAUUACACAAGAUGACAUAAAAGAAAUCACAGAUGAUCUUAAAGAAGAUUCUAGGUACAAAGCCUUGGAUAGACUAGAUCAAGAUAGAAAGCUGAUGCUUUUCCAACAUCUAGGUUUUGUACAUUGUCCUAUUAGAGAACAUUGUCCAGCAUUUCCUAAUUGUAUGGAUUCAUUAAUUGAAAAACUUUUAAGCGAUAAAGUUCAAAGACCUACAUCAGGUAGUAAUAAGCAAUGGAUGAUAAAAUCAGACAAUAAUUUACAUUUAAUUAUACUAGGAUCUAAUGGACUAGCAGAAGCGUUUGCUACAAAUUUGAAAGCGCAAUGUGAUAAUAAAGAAUAUGAAUUAGAUAACCAAGUUUAUAAACUAAAAUAUAGAGUUAUUAAUGGAGAUGUAAAUUUAUCACAAAAUUCAUUUCAAACUGCUGAUUUUAAACCUAAUGGCUGUGUCUGUGUUUAUUCAAAUUCCGAUUCAUUUGAGUAUAUUAGAGACAGUCUAGAGAAGACUUUGUUGUCCAAUUUAGAAAAAGAUGACAAAUUACCAUUUCAAGGAUUACCAAUAAUUUUGCUUUAUAUAAGUGAACCUGAUAAUGGACAAAAAGAUGUAACACUUCAAGAAGAAGGGCAAAAUUUAGCCGAUAGUUUACAAUGUCCAUUUAUCGACAUGCCUGUGUCAAAUAGUGGUUCAUCAAUGUUUGAUGUAGAUUUAAUUUCCAAUGCAAUGAAAUUACUUGUUGAAAGUAUUACACACAGAAUUGGAUUUUUGAAUGAAUAUCAAUCAAUUAUGGAUCCAUCCGACCCCGAAAUACGUAUUAUUAUGUGUAUGUUUUGUGAUGAUCCAUAUUCUGUUGAAAGUCUAUUAGUACCAAUAUUAAGUCAUCAGUGUUGUUAUUUGAGUGGAGAUCGAAGUAUUAUUUUAGAAACAUUUCUUGGAUCUUCGAAACGUAAAGUAGAAGUGAUUAUGUCUUCUUAUCAUGGUGCAAAUGCAUUUCGUGAAGAACUGGUUCAUGGAUUUAUUUUAGUAUACUAUGCUAAACGUAAAGCUUCGUUAGCCACUCUUAAUGGAUUUUCAUGUAGUUCAUUCUCCACAAAUACUCCAAAUUUACCAAUUCAAAUAAUGGCUGUUACUGAACCUGUUGCAACAAAUUCAUUCCUUAGUGAUAUAAGCCAGCAAUUACUUAAUGAUGGUAGUUCUAUAGCUGAUCGAUUAAAAGCACAAUUUGUUACUACUACUAAUUCUACAAUGAACAAAAGUUCAUUUUAUACUCCUUUUUUCAAAGACGUUUGGGAAAAGAAAUCAGAAAUUGAACAAGCCUUCCACAUGGAAGAGCCAACAAAUUAUAGAAAAAUCAAUCCUUUAUCAAAAAUUGAAUAUUCUAAAAUGAAUUUAUCUUCACAUGAUGGAAGUAGUAAUAAUGUAUAUGGAAGGUUGCCAUCUGGAAUAGCUCAAGAUGAUGAUAAUUAUUCUUUAACUCAUUCACGAGAAAAUUUAAUGAGUCCAAGUGAAGAUAGUGAUACAUUUUCCCCAGUCGACAAUAUACUUCAUGUUACCAACAACAAUUUAGAUAAACAACAAGGUGGUGGUAUUACAGGCUUUCAGGUGUUUCCUCCACCUACUACUCCACCUGAACCGGCACCGCCAGACCAUGCUGGACUUGGUAUCAACAACAAUUCACAGAUGAUUGCUUCAAACUCCAGUCUUGAUGAAAUCACAUCUGAUGUUAGUGGAUCAAGAGAGUCAUUAGCCACACAUGACUCAGGAUGGGUUGAUGAUUCUGUAUUUAUGCAAUGUCCUCCUAAUGAAAGUUUAUGGAUAAGUAACUAUUCUAAGCAUGCUUUUACCACUGGUCGUCAUCAUAUGUCUAAGUUAAGGUUCAAAAAUAGCAAUCAUACUAUGAAGCAACCUGGAAAACUAAACAUGAAAGAUUAUACUCUAGUCACAGACGCCAUCUCACGAAUGAAUCUCAUAAGUGGUAAAGAACAAUAUAAUAGACCAUAUAAUACUGGUAAUUCUUCUUAUAACUGUGCACCACUAGCCACACCAGAAAAUGUAGAUUUAGGUUCAGAAUAUGCUCAGGUAAAAGAUGCAGUCCCUGGUAAUUAUCCAUUUGAUGGAGACUAUUCAUAUACUUUGGUUCAAGAUAAUCUUAGUGCAUCUAGUAAACAUAAGUUAAGGCAACGGAGAGAAAAAGGAAGACAAAAUUAUUCUGACUCUGAUAGUGAUUGGAGUUCAAUUGAACGACGGGAACCACUAUUUAAUUCAUCUAAUGACACAUUUUCAAAGUUAUCUCGUAGAUCAGCUACUCAAAAGCGUUCUAAAAAAAAGAGAACUGCCAUUCCUGUAGCUACACCUAAAGUUCCAUCAUUCAAUACAUCUUCAAAUGGAUCUAGUAUGAAUUUUAAUUCUUUAUCGGGACAACUAGGUAGUUUUUAUUCUGAAGAUCCUAGUAAUGAAAUUAAAAAUGCCAAUAAUAUUUUAACACAACAUCAAAUCAAUUCAGACUCAUCAACUGAUAAUUCAGAUGAUAAACCUAAUAUUUGGAUUCCUCCCUCAAUUAGAUUAAUGGAUAAACAAUCUUUACGAUAUAAACGCAAACAAAUGGUUGCACCACAGCCACCUGUAAUACCUUCUGGUGCUCUUAGUAGUAAGGAUUCCCAUAAUAUUACUGAAAAUGAAACAAUGUUUUCUACUAGAUCUUCUCACAUGCAUGAAAUCAGUUACAAUUUUGAUGAAGAAUCUAGUUUGGAUGUAUCAUCACCAAGAUGUUUGAACUCUCCUUCAACUAUUAGCAAUUUAAAAGGAAAAGAAGAUGAUAAAUCUAUUAGAAGAAAAGAAAAACAAAGAGUUAAAGAAGAAGUAAAAUUGGAAAAAAGAAGAUUAAAAGAAGAAAAACUUAGGAAAAUUGCUGAAGAAAGAGAAAAGAAAAAGAAAAAUAAAGUUAAAACUGGAAGCUCACCAAUGACACAUCAGCCGACAUUGGAAAAUUUUGUUCAGUCUGAAAACAAUGUUAUUCCAUUAUUGUUGGAAAAAUGUGUCAAAUUUAUUGAAGUUGAAGGUUUAGAUUCUGAAGGCCUUUAUAGGGUGCCUGGAAAUCGAUCUCAUGUUGAACUUCUUUUUCAGCGUUUUGACGAAGAUAACGAUAUUAAUGUUACUAACCUUGACAUACCAGUAAAUGCUGUUGCAACUGCACUAAAAGACUUUUUCUCAAAAAAGUUACCUCCAUUGUUUACUGAAGACUUAAUGGACGAAUUAGAAGAUUUAUCUGAAUUUUUUGUUUCAGUUAAAGCUGAUAGAAGUUGCCGUUUAAUGGCUCUUCGAAAUCUUUUGAAAAAAUUACCAAAUGUGAAUUUUGAAAUAUUGAAAUUUAUAUUUCGUCACUUUGUCAGGGUGGCAGAGAAUUGUAAAGCUAACAGUAUGGACUCUAAGAAUAUAGCUAUUUGUUGGUGGCCUACUUUAUUACCUAUUGAGUUUAAUGACAUGGGACGGUUUGAACAAUUACGACCACACUUAGAAGAUACUGUUCAGACAAUGAUUGACCAAUAUCCAUUUUUAUUUUGUGGUAAAGAUGCAUUUGUCAUGGUAUGAAACGCACAUAAAUAUUAUAAGAAAUGGACAAUAAAACAUUGAGUAUUAUAAUGUUUUUGUCUAUAAAGUAAUGCGUAAUUCACAACUAAUAUUAAUCCUAGCCAAAGAUAAAAGUUUAUUUGUGUUGUUUUUAUAUCUAGAAUAAUGUAUUAUUAAGUAAUUUAUGUAUUUG